AUGAAUUAUCGGUCCAAGAAUGAAUCCAUAUCAUCAUUAUCGACGAAUCUCGUAUUCAAUCCUACCAAUAGUUAUUACAUUGAUAAGGAAAGCGAAUCAUUAACUUCAUUCAAUAUCAGAGAACUUCCAUUGAAUGAUAGUAGCGUGAAUGUACAAAGUGAAUUAGGCUUCUGUGGUUGGAUCCUAACGAUACUGUCUUAUAUAUUGAUCUUUUUCACAUUGCCAAUUUCAGUAUGUAUGUGUGUUAAAGUUGUGCAAGAAUAUGAAAGGGUGGUAAUAUUUCGAUUAGGUCGUUUAAUGCCUGGUGGUGCAAGAGGGCCUGGGAUAUUUUUUACUGUGCCAUGCAUAGAUACAUAUCGUAAAGUGGAUCUACGUGUGUUUUCAUUUGAAGUGCCUCCUCAAGAGAUUCUUUCUAAGGAUUCGGUAACUGUAGCUGUCGAUGCAGUUGUAUAUUUUCGAAUAUCAAAUGCUACUGUAUCGGUUACGAACGUUGAAGAUGCUGCAACAUCAACAAAGCUACUUGCGCAAACAACAUUGAGGAAUAUUCUCGGAACAAAAACAUUAGCCGAAAUGCUUUCUGAUCGUGAAGCUAUUUCUUUGCAAAUGCAAAUAACGCUUGAUGAUGCUACAGGACCUUGGGGAGUAAAAGUAGAGAGAGUGGAAGUAAAGGAUGUCCGACUUCCAGUUCAACUUCAACGUGCUAUGGCAGCAGAAGCUGAGGCUGCACGUGAAGCUCGAGCUAAGGUGAUCGUUGCAAAAGGUGAACAAAAAGCAUCACGAGCUCUUAAAGAAGCUGCUGAAGUGAUCGCUGAAUCAUCAUCUGCCAUGCAAUUACGAUAUUUGCAAACUUUAAACUCAAUAAGUGCGGAGAAAAAUUCAACAAUAAUCUUUCCAUUUCCUAUCGAUUUAUUGUCAUCAUUUUUUAAUCGCAAUAAUUCUAAAGUGUAA